GACUCGAAGGCAACCAGUUGAAUUACUUCAAUGCUCUGCUGUAUAUUUGAAUUUAGCUUUUAAAUUUGAGACCUGCAACGGUUUUUCAUAAAGUGGCGCUGCCAACUUGUUGAAAACUAGGUGAGUUUUAGUACCAACGCGCGUCGCCAGUGGCGCGUACCAGCGCAUGCAACCGUGCACAAGCGUCAUAUUUUAUUUUAGCGCCAGGAAACCAAGAGCUGUUUUAAGGAUUUUAAAUAUACACUUGUGAAAUAGCAGUUUCCAUCUUGUUGUGGAGAUGCGCCCCAGUCUGGGAACACCACAAUCGCGUGGCGGUGCACGCAAAGUGCCCGGCGGUCAAAUGACACAACUCCAGAUGCAAAAGGCUCAACAAGAGGCCGCCGACGCCGCCGCCUUGGAUGCCUUGGACGAGGCUCUGAUUUUCGACGAUGAAGAGGGCGGCACUCGCAUUGGCGACAUCUACAUACCGCCCCCCGUGCCGCCGCACUGCUCCAUGGAGAGCGUUGGUCCGCGUCUGAUUAUCAAACGUAUAGUCAACUACAAUUUCAAGAGCUAUGCUGGCGAAGUGGAUUUAGGUCCAUUUCAUCACUCGUUCACCGCCAUCAUUGGUCCCAAUGGCAGCGGCAAGAGCAAUGUCAUCGACUCCAUGAUGUUCGUCUUUGGCUGUCGUGCGAAUCGCAUUCGUUGCAAGAAACUCUCGACGCUCAUUCACAACUCCAAGAAUCAUCCCAAUCUCAACAGCUGCUCGGUUGCUGUACACUUUGAGCUGGUCGAGGACAAGUCUGAUGGUUCCGCCGUAGUUGUGCCAAACUCGCAGUUCAUUGUGCAACGCACAGCGAUGUCGGAUAACUCUUCGUACUAUCAGAUUGACAAACAGCGGGCACAGCUGAAAGAUGUGGCCAAGUUGCUGAAGAAGCAUCACAUCGACCUCGAACACAAUCGUUUCCUUAUACUCCAAGGCGAGGUGGAGUCCAUUGCCAUGAUGAAGCCCAAAGGACUCGCCGAAAACGAAACUGGGAUGCUCGAAUAUCUGGAGGACAUCAUUGGCACACAACGCUACAUUCGUCCGCUGCAGCAGAUCAAUCAGCGUGUGGAUCAGUUGACCGAUGAUCGUACAGAGAAGCACAAUCGUUGCAAGCUCGCCGAGCGGGAGAUGAAGGAUCUGGAGCAGCCGUACAACGAAGCCGUAGAGUAUUUGCGCAAGGAGAACGAUUUGACGCGCACCAAGAACUGGGUGACCCAGAAGUACAUUAGCAUUAAGAAACAGAAGCUGGAGCAGUACACCAAGGAGCACGAGACCUGCUCCGAGGAGCUAAAAACGCACGAUGAAGGCACCGAAGCCCUAAAAAAAGAACGUGGCGAGAAAGAGUUGAUAAUACGCAAGGAGAUUGAAGCUUAUGAAGCACUCGUGAAACAGCGUGAAGAUAUCAAGAAGCAACUGGUGGCCUCGGAGCGCAGCUACACCGAAGUCCAGAGCGCCAUGGAGAAUACGAACAAACAGCGCAAGAAGGAUAAAACACAAAUCGAGAAGAAUCAACAGGAGCUCGACGAGCUGCACAAAUUGCCAGAGAAGAAUCAGCAGGAGAUCAAAGACUCGGAACGUAAAAUGGAACGUUUGGAUCAGGAGAAACAGAAGGUCAGCGAGCAGUUGGAGCAGAAGUUGGCCGAACUCAAAGAGCUCUCAGAGCCUUUAACAGAGCAGCGUCUGAAGUACAGCGAUGAGCUGAUUGGCCUUAAGGAGGCGGUCAAUGUGGCCAAGGAGAAGCUGACGCUGCAUGAAUCGCAGCUUAAGAUACUCAAGCAGGUGGAGACAACAGAGGCGCGUAAAUUUGAGACUCUUAAGAGCUCAUUUGAGGAAUCUGAGAGAAAUCUUGCGGAUAUGCGCGGCAAAUUAGAAGAAUUGCAAGUCAAUAUGCCUGAGAUACAGCAGGAGAUGGCGACUAAGGCGGGUGAGAUCGAUAAGCUCUGCAAAGAGGAGCGCAACAUGGCGCUGCAAUGUCGCAAACUACGUGAUGAGAUCAAUGAACGCUCCUCCAAUAUGCAAGCCCAACGUUCCAAUGAUGCUGUGCUCAAUUUUCUGAUGCGUAUGAAAGCAGAGGGCAAAAUACCGGGUAUCCUGGGACGCCUGGGUGACUUGGGUGGCAUUGAUGCUAAGUAUGACAUUGCCAUUUCGACGGCAUGUGGUCGUCUUGACAACAUUGUGACCGACAACUACGAUACGGCAACAGCAGCCAUCAAAGCGCUGAAGCAGCACAAUGUGGGACGCGCCAACUUUAUACCCUUGAAUCGCAUGGAGCACUGGCGCAACAAGGCGUAUCCCAUACAAACUCCUGGCAACGUGCCGCGUCUUUAUGACUUGGUCCGCGUGGAGGAUGAGCGCGUGAAGACCGCUUUCUAUAUGGCUUUGCGCAACACGCUGGUUGCCGACGAUCUGGAGCAGGGCACUCGUAUUGCCUAUGGCCGAGAACGUUUUCGUGUCGUGACGCUGCGUGGCGAAAUCAUUGAACAGACUGGCACAAUGUCGGGCGGUGGCAAUCGUCCGAUACGCGGCAAAAUGGGCACCGAAGUGCGCACCAAGACAGCUCAAUCAGCAGACAAUUCGCAUUGCUCGCAAAAGGAUCUGGAGGAUAUGCAACAGCAGGCGGAGGAGCUGCAGUCGCGCAUCAACUAUUGCCAGGAACAACAGGGACGCUUGGAGCGCGAGCAGCAAAUGCUGCAAAAGAAUCUGGAACGUGGCGAGUCGGAAAAAAAGCGUCUUGCUGUGAGCAUCAAAUCGCUAGAACAACAAAUGGCCAGCAACGUAAAGCAAGUGGAGGCGCAGCGCAAAAAGAUGCUGGCCACCACAACCGAUGAAGCCGCUGUCAAGGAACACGAGUCCCACAUUGAAGAGGCGAAGCAAGAGCUGACUGAAUCCGAGGAGAAGGAGAAGGCGAUGAGUGACAAGAUUAAGAAAGUACAGGACGAAUACGAUGCGUUGCGUUCGGAUAAUGUGAAACCACUGGAGGCACAGCUCAAGAAGACAAAGAAUCAGUAUGAGAAGCUGGCAGCCAACAUACGUACGCUAACUGUAGCCUUGACCACGGCUCAGCGCAGCAUCGAGCGGCUGGAGAAGAACAAUGGCAAUCUGCAGGAGAAUAUCAAACAGGCCGAGGAUAAGUUGCGUUCACUGAGCGAGGAGCGUACACAAUGCCAGGAGCGCAAGGAGGAGCUCGAGAAGCAGGUGGCCGAGGCCGAGGAAGCUAUUGACAGCGCCAAGUCUCAAUCGUCGGACAUUAAAAAGGAGAUCGAUGAGUUGAACAAGCAGGAGAAUCAACGCAACAUGGAGCGCAUCGAAUUGGAUACCAAAAUGCAGGCAGCCGCAGCUAAAAUGAACGAAGUCAAGUCCGAUAUACCGCGUUGGCAGCAGCAGCUUAAACCUCUCAAGCUCAACGAGAUUCCAGGCGACACAGAACCGCCGGCACCGCUUAAAACACUUAGCGAGGAGGAGUUGGAGGCGGAGAGCUUGGAGGAUAUGCAGUAUAAACAAACUCUUCUCGAGGAGCAGCUGAAAAAGAAACCGAAUUUGGGCUUUAUCAAGGAGUUCACGGACAAGCGUCUGGUGUACUUGGAUCGCGUGCGUGUCCUCGAGGACAUCACAUCGAAGCGUAACGAGAUGCGUGACAAAUAUGAAGAGGUGCGCAAACGUCGCUACACUGAAUUUAUGGAGGGAUUCAACAUCAUCACACGCAAACUGAAGGAAAUGUAUCGCAUGAUUACAUUGGGCGGCGAUGCAGAUCUUGAGCUUGUGGACUCCAUGGAUCCCUUCACCGAGGGUGUGCAGUUCACAGUGCGUCCGCCGAAGAAGAGCUGGAAAUACAUCUCGAAUUUGUCGGGCGGCGAGAAGACGCUCUCGUCGCUGGCUUUGGUCUUUGCCUUGCAUUAUUACAAGCCAUCGCCUUUGUACUUUAUGGAUGAGAUUGAUGCGGCGCUGGACUUUAAGAACGUAUCCAUUGUUGGCCAUUACAUAAAGGAACGCACCAAGAACGCUCAGUUUAUUAUUGUGUCGCUGCGCGUCAACAUGUUUGAGUUAUCCAACUAUUUGGUGGGCAUCUACAAGGUGGAUGACUGCACGGAUUCGGUUACUCUGAAGAAUCGUCCACCCAAACCGCUGCCGCCAGCAUCGCAGAUGCUGUCUUCACAGCGUGAAGACACUGUGCGCAUUACCAUCAACGGAGGAGAGAAUCAAACGCAACAAGUGCGGCAGGAAUUGCUCACAGAGAUUUCGAGACUGUGCGGCAGAGAGACAACAUUCGCCCCGCCACUCGAGAGCACAGUGUUCUCUCAAAUUUUAAAUGCAGCCGGCAACGAUGCGACCAACAGAGCCAGCUUGCAGAGUCCGCCUCGCUCGCCAGCUAUGAAUGUCUCGUCUUAA